AUGAACCCAAAUUAUGCAGCAGCUUGGCAAACAAAUUUCCCACAAAUGCAAGCAGCUCCACCCCAGCCGAUGUACGGAGGAGGCUUCCAAACCAACGUCUACAGCAAUCAAAUACCAUCCUAUCAGCAGCCUCCUCCACCUCCACCAGCUCCCUUACGAGUUAAACUUGAACCUCGCGAGCGUGGCCUCUACAACUUGCUCCUAUCUCAAGCUGAUCCAGAAAGUAAAGGCCGCUUAGAAGGAGCCCAAGUUGUCGAUUUUUUCAAAAGGUCAGGGAUCUCAACAGAUCAAUUAAAAGAGAUCUGAACAAUAUGCACGCCAAAUGGAGAGUCAUUUUUGGAUAGAGAGAGAUUUUAUGUAGCAUUAAGACUUAUAGCUCUUGCACAAGAAGGAAAACCAGUCAAUGUUGAUGCAAUUUAUGCAAAUACGCCAGCUGCUUUACCGAAUUUCAAGUCUAAUGUGGUUGUAAAGGAUAAGUGGGAUAUUGAAGAUGAUGAUAAAGAUAAAUAUGAAAAAUUCUUCAAUCAGGUGUCACAGGGGAAAGGAUUUUUGACUGCUGAUGAAGCUUAUGGACUGCUUACGAGAACAGGAGCUAAAAGCGAAUAUCUAGCAAAAAUUUGGAAUAUGUGUGACCCGAAUGAUUCAGGCGAGCUAAAUAAAAAUCAUUUUAUCGUCGCUAUGCAUUUAGCAUCAAAAGUUAAAGCGCUAAGUGAGCCUGUUCCUGAUGAAAUUCCUCAGGUGUUAAAUAAAAUAUUUUUUGCAAAAAUUGAUGAACCUGCUCCUAUAGAGCCACCUAAGCCUGAAGCAUUUUCAGAAUUUGGAAUCAAUGCAACAUCAGCUUCGUUUCCUUCUGUCGGCUUUGGAAUUGACAAUUCAGGAGGUUUCGGAAUGCAAGCAAGCCAAAAGCCUGCAGACCCCUUCGGCUUAGGAUUCCAAACAGCCCCAAGCAAGCCUAUCAAACUAAACAUGGACAAGCCAGAUGACUCUUUAAUGAUGAAAAAUAUCGCAAAACCCCCUGAACCGGUCCUUUUUGAUAAAGCUCCAGCAAUGAAACCAUCUGAUCCUUCCUUUGAAUUUAAAGCUCAGCCUUUAAAAGAUGAUCUACUUGAAGAAGAGCCUCAGCAAAGUUUUGGAAGAAGCUCAAGCCAAAGCUCAAGUAAAAAAAAUACCUAUAAAGCUGAUGAAAAUCUUGACGGCUUGCAAAAGAGAAAUAAUGAGCUUACUGAGCAGCUGAGAGAGAUUGAAGAUGAAAUACAAGAAAAGCUGAGAGAAUGAAGAGAUGUGAGGUCAAGAUUGUCUUUAGAGAGGGAAAGAAACCAGGUUUUAGCUUCAAGGUUAGAAGAAAUGAACUCAAAAGUGUUGCAGGAUACUUUUCAGGUAGCAAUAAAAUCAUUCAAAUUAUAA